UGAUCACGUGUGUAACGCCACCGGUGAAGCUAGGACGGCUGGCGCAUAGUUUGGUGGCGGUUGGUGGCACACUUCUGACAGGUUCGGAUAGAUUGGCGUAGGUUGAUCCGCUUCAUCAUGAGGAGGUGCCUUUGAAACUGCAGGUUCCUCCCUCCUUACUGGCUGUGGGCGUCGCGGUGGGGCGGAGUCCAGGUCGGGAUCGGCUUUCUGCAAUUUAGCACACUGAGAAACAGAUGAGGGUCCUGCCUGACAUUUUUUCUCUCUUUUAUGUGCCUCGCUCUGCCAUUCAGCAAAUUCCUUCCAGUCAGCCAAAAACUGUGCUUAUUUUUUUUUUUUUUACUUUUAGGAAUAUCUCUCUUCUUUGCUUCCAAAUUCAAUUUCUGUUGUUCUAACUGUCUGAGACUAAAACUACCUUUUUCUGGGAAAGCAUAUUCUUUAACCCAUACAUCAUAUUGGUUCAAACAGCCUUCUCCAUAGUUCACUCGCAUAAAUGUGAUCUUAGGAUCAACAUAUGAGAACCCUGUACAUACCAUAGCAUGUGUCUCAGGAUGUUUUCCCCAUAUUUUAUUUUAUUUUAUUUUAUUUUUAUUUUUACAGCUUCUAUAACUUUGAAAGUUUUAAUCAAUUUAACCUGCCAUGAAAAUCAAGUGAAUAUGCAUUCUUGUGCACAGACAGAAAAGGUUCUAGUGUGUGCCAAAUCUCUAGACAUUCAAUUAAUCAUAUAACCUAUAGGUUCAAUAGAGCAAACCUUAAGAAUGUAAAAGAGUUUACCUGUGAGGGCGAGUCCACAUACAGCAAUUUGGCAGGACUUACAGUUUUCUCUUCCCUUCUUUUUUUUAAUAAUUUCUUUUUUUAUCUCAGUAAAAUUUAAUUGUGCGUUAAAUUUGCCAAAUAUAUCAUGUACCGCUGAUAUGAUGGAAUGAGUCAGUGGGGCAUGCCACUUGAUCAUAACCCGCCGCAAAAAUACUGCGCCUCCUGCGCUUCUUAAUAAGUACUCUCUUUACUUAUUCAUUGCUCGAACCAGACUCUUUCCGUUAGCAAAUAGUUUUACAGUUAUUAUCUCUCUAUGUAUAUACCUGUCUGUAUAUAUCUUAGUUUUGAAGCUGUGAUCUAAAAAACACCAAUAUCUCUGCCGUCGCAGAGGCGAAGUUCCUGGAAUUUCUUAUAAGAAAUCGCUCAAUGGAAUACACGCAUUUCUUAUAUCAUUGACUCACUUCUACACAGACAGCAAUACACAAUGACUUCAUAAAAUUCUAAUUCUAAAUUCUUGAUGAUGUCUACCACUCAGUGGUAAGGCUACAUCAGUCUUUCGCUCUGCACAAUAAAGGGCAAACCGCCUGUAUCAACAUUGCUUGUUGUCCAGAAAAGCUGAAAGACUCGCACAGCCCACCCAGAGACGCCAAAUUGUCGUGGAAAUUAGACAACACUCGCAGACUCGUCCUCUGAAGGAGACGUAUUGUGUGUGUGUGUGUGUGUGUGUGUGUGUGUGUGUUUUCUCUGUCUCUCUCUCACAGGUUGCUCUGCCCCAAUUCGACGUGCUGCACCGGGAUUGGAGAGGAGAAGAUUGUGCGUCGAAGACUGAUAUGUCGGGAGGACUGCGGAUGUGUGGUUUAUCUGUGAUUGUGUGCAUACUAUUGAGUAGCGAAUAUUUUUCCCGGUGUUUGAGUGAGAUCGCUUGCUAGUUUUAUUGUGUGUGAGUGAAAGAAGUGAGUGGUAGGAUCUUGUGUUGUCCCAUUCCCCCGUUUUGUCCUGUGUUGUGGCUGAGUGUAUGCCUCUAUUGUAAAUAUCUUUCAUUGUAAAUAUUUAUUUUCAUAAUAAUCCCGAAAGCGGUAUGGGUUGGAUUCCAUUUAUUUUUGGGUGUAUCUUUUGUUCGCUGUUUUUGCCUCAGUUAGGGAGUCAGGUGAAUUGCGCUCGCUUCUGAGUCCCGUCCCUGAAAAGCAGCAUGUCCAGCGACCCCCCUCCGCCCUACCCAGGGGGCCCCAGCGCUCCUCUUAUAGAGGAAAAGAAUGGACAGCCUCCAGUCUCUGGAUCAGCCCCGGUAACCAGCGGACCCCCACAUGGACACCCGCUGCCUCCAGAGUAUGGCCCUCCACCUUACGAGGCCACGAUGCAGCCAGGCUUCGUGCCCCCACACGUGCCAGGUGAGGGUCCUAUGCCCAUGCCGCACCUGCAUGCUGGCUUCCACCCUCCUCCUGGACACUUCCCCCAACCCAUGCCGGGGCAGUUUGUUCCAGGACCUAGCCACUGUGGCCCAGCUAUGGGACACACAGCCACAGUGAUUGGACCACCUGGCACUGCUACUACGGUCACUGUGCUGCAGGGUGAGAUGUUCCAGUCGGCACCGGUGCAGACGGUAUGCCCACACUGCCAACAGGCCAUCAUCACACGAAUUAGCCAUGACGUGGGCCUCAUGAACACGCUCUUCUGUCUGUUCUGCUUCUUUGUUGGCUGUGAUCUAGGCUGCUGCUUGAUCCCAUGUCUGAUUGAUGACCUCAAGGAUGUGACGCACACUUGCCCCAACUGCAAGGGCUACAUCUACACAUACAAGCGCAUAUGCUAACAGCGUCCCCCAGCGCUCACCCUGGACGUACUCACGGCUCACUCUCGGCUUUUUUCUGUUUUCCUUUUCUGCGCUUCAUUCCCCAGCUCGUUAGCUUGUUUUUUUUUUUUUUUUACUAUCUAUUCAUCCAAUAAUGACUGUGUAUAUAUAACUAUUUAAAAGACUUAGAUUUAGUGAUACUACAAGAUUCAUAAUAAAAAAAAAGGUAAGUAGAAGAAAAAGAAGAAGAAGGGAUGAUGAGUCAGUACAUUUUAUAUGCGUAAUGGAAACAUUAAUGGUGUUGUAGAAGUGCAGUUAGGCAUUUUAGGUUAGUGGCAGUUACAGUAUCUCUAGAAUUAAGUCCAUUUUCAGUCAGAUUUCAAUAUUAUUUUUAUUGUAAUUACUCUGUUGUGUUACAGAACGUAUAAUUAUUCUAACAAGAUAAUGUGAAAGAUUUUCGUGUGUGUGUCUGUGAAAACAAUGGCCAAGGACUACAGUUUUAGUUGCAGGAUAGCACUGCUCCUUUUUACACGUGAACACUAAUGCGUUUCUAUUCUCAUAGUGAUGUUACAGUCAAAACGUUUUUGUAAUCAGGGGCAGUUUGCACUCGCAACGUUCAUUAUACUCUGUUAUACAUAGUACACACUUGUGUAGACCUGUGCAAUUGUACAUGAAUAUUUCUUAAGCUGUCAAGAAACGUAGUGCAGAUAUCCACACGUUGAUACUCCUUUGUAAUAAAUAAAGACAGAUUAGACAGGUUCGGUACUAUAUUUUAAGGUCUGUCCAUUGCGGCAUCUGCUGUCUUACUGAACUGUGAAUGUGAAAUAAUUUUAAUGCGCCUUCAUCUUUACGGUGAAGUGCUUCUGUGCUGUUGGUGGGCCUUGAUGUGCACUUUCUUAUCAAGCCUAACCGUUUCAUUCGUUUCAGAAAGGGAAUUUAAACAUGGUGCGGCUGAGAACAUGCAGUCAAUCACAGGCUUUUUUUUAUGAUCCUAUAUAAUUUAUUCUGAUACGAUCGUUAGGAAAGAGCAUGUUCGGAGGAAGAAGUUGAUCAUCAAGCUCUGUGUAACCUCACACAGUCCUGCGUGUGCUAUCUGACCCCUGAGCUCAAAGCAGAUCAUUUAUUCAUAAUUAAACAAUCAUCGUUUCUUCCCUGGGAAGUCGGGUUGUUUUUUUUUGGUUUUUUUUGAGUGUGACAUUUGAAGUCAGCAAAUGGCAGGUUUCAGCUGUGUUUUUCUGUACGUUUCCCAUCGAGUUCUUUUCCUUUCAUGCAAAAUGACAAACAUGCACCUGGUUUGAAGCUUUAAUCCCUCUCAAAAAAGUGAUUCUUCAUUUUGCACUCAACACACCUAAAGAGGUGAGACACUGUACUGGAAUCAACAUUUGUUUUUAAAGACCUGUUGUGCUUCCUCACCAUCAUUCGAUUUGUCUCUGUGUGUAUUUAGAUAUCAGCACGAACAUGAAGUAAACAAUCUAAUAUGAAAACUGUAUGCAUGCUCCUCUGAAUUCGAGCUGACUCCCAUUAACGCAACUUUCUUUUGAACCUCGUAGGCCGACAAUGCUUUGCAAAGUGGCUUCUUGCUGUGAAAGACUGAAUAUACAUAGAGCUUGUGUUCCAGGACCUUUAGAUCAACAACUACGAGUAGUUUUUGUGGUAUAAUACAUCAUCUGAAACUGGAAUUGUCCUUUAAAACAUCAAACUGACUGUGUACGAUUAUUAUUAUGAGAAUAAUAAUAAAAGUAAUCGUAAUCUUC